AUGCGGUACUUGUCUCCUCCUGACUCGCCGUCCUCGGCGAUCGACGAAGACCCCAGCGGGGCGCCUUCCGCCGACGUGUCCGAGGCGCAGAGUCACUACACCCGGCAGCACUCCGACUGGAAGGCGCGCCUUGGUGGUGCGCCCGGCACCGCCGCGUCCGCCGCUCCGGCGUGCUCUGCCUUCGUUGCUGGCGGAUCCCUCCAUUCGAUGAGCACCCAGAACAAGGCCGUUCUGCUGCCGCCUUCUCUGUCCGGCGCGGCGACCGCCUCUGCGGCUUCCGCUCCUCCCGCCGCGUCUCCGGCCUCUCCUCCCGCCGUCGGAGUCCUGCAGAUGGCAGCCGGUCGCCCCGGAGCGGCGACUGCAGUCACGAGCUCCAGCGCCGCCGCCCUCGUUGCGAAGGCCUUUGGCCGAGGCGGUGGAAACGCAAAGUUCGCCGCAGCAGUCGCGGUUGCGGAGAAGGCUGCCCAGGCGGCGGCCGCAGGCCGAUCGGAGAUCGGUCUAGCCCCUGACGCGCAAGUCGCAGGGAAACCCGUUCAGAGUUUCUCCCACAUCAAGGUGAUGAAGGAGGGGACGUGCCUCGAAAUCUAUUGCCUGCCGGUCUUGUUCGAGAAGAUCGCUCCGCGCGACCGUCUCAUCAUCGGCAGGGGCGAGCAAGCGGACAUCCACACAGAGCACCCGAGCUGUUCGCGGCUGCAUGCCGAGAUCCGGCGGACAGGCGGGCCGGGGGCGCGGUGUACGUACACCUUGCGGGACCUGGGCAGUGGGCACGGCACGUUGUUGAACGGCGGGAAGAUCGCCGCCGGGAAAGAGACUGAACUCGAGGACGAAGACGAAGUCCAGCUCGGCUUUUCCCAGCGCCUCUACAUCUUUUUUGGCGGCAGGGAUUCUACGGAAGAUGUCCCGCACCCGCCCGCGGCUUCGCAACAGGCGACGCGGCGCCAGGGCCAUGGGCCUUCCGACGCCUCGCCCGGCUCGCGGCCGGGGACCGAAGGCUUCCACGGCGGCCCUCACCAGGCAGGGGCGCGUCCCGUGCCGCCUCCGCCGCCUGCAGACGACUACUUUCCUCCGCAUGCACCGGGCGCCUCGUCUCCGGCUCCUGGGCAGCAGAGCUGGGGUAGGGGAGCCGACGGCCCGAGGGGCGCUGCAGGCCACGGAUUCGCAGGCGCGGGGUAUGGGGGCGUGUCGGGGUGGGACAGCGCUUCUGGCUGGUCGCACUCUGCGAGCUUUUCCUCGCCGGGGACGGAUGGCAGAGGCCAGGGAGAGUUUGCCCGUUUCCGCCACGGGACAGGCGACGGGCUGCAGGCAAACGGAGGCUGGGACGCAGAGGCGCCGUUCCAGAACGCCGGCUGGGGUGGGGCAGCGCCAGGCCAGCAGCCGUCAGGUUAUGGGGGCCAGGCGGGGUCGUGGGGGGGACAAGGCGUGAAUGCGUACUACACGCAGGCAGCUCCGGGACACGCCUUCGGCUGGCCUGGCAGUAACUCGGGGGCACAGACACCCGGGGGGGAGCGGUACGCGGAGGGAGAUAGCCCGUCAAUGUCUCCGCGUGUUUCGGGCUACUCUUCCUUCUCUCCGGCUCUUUCAGCCGGCCCGCAGGCAGACGGGAGCGUUCCGAACCAUCCGUUCGCACACGACAGCGGCAGCAACUCAAACCAUAGUUACUCGCCGUUUGCCGGAGAAGACGGCGGGGGGUAUGACCCCGCCGCAGCCGUCUGUGGCGCAUCACCAGAGAAGCCUGCGAGGCCGUUUACCGAGCCAAGAAUGGACAUGGCGGCCAGGAAGAAGCUGUGGCAAAAUCGACCGGACAAGAAAGAGAGUCCGUUGAGCACGCAGCAGGAACUUCUCGAACAUAAGGAGCGCGUCAUCAAGGAACACAACGAGCGUCUUCUUCAGGAGAAACGCGCGCUGCUGCUGCAGAAACAGCAACUCGUUGAGAAGCGGAACCAGAGACAGGGCGGCGAAGACACGGACGCUGCGUCUGCCGCGCCUGCGGCCAAACGCCUUCGUGAGGGUUUCGCGUCGAACCAUGGAAGCGAGGCGGCGAAAUCGUCUCGAGCAGAGGCGGACGGGACGCGCGGAAGCGUUGACGCAACGGGCGGCAGAGCGAGAGGAAGCGAUUUUCCGGAGUCGUCGGAGGCGUUGACGAAGGGCAGAAACGGGCACGGGGGAAAGGGAGGCGCAGACAGCGGGAGCAAGGCCCAGGUCUACUGCUCUCACAUUCUUUUGAAGUUCAAGAGGCGCAAGGAAGACGGGGUAUGGAAGAGCGCCGCUUCAGCGAAAGGGCCGAAAAAAGGAGAGGAGCACAUAGGGCGAGGUGGGUUUCCCGUCACGCGGACCCGCGCCGACGCCAUGAGCACACUCGAAAGUGUUCGUCAGAUCGUUGAAGAGGACAAAACCCAGUUUGGUGAAGUCGCCGCUGAGCUCUCCGACUGUCCAUCGAGUCGAAAGCGUGGCCUCCUGGGCUGGGUUUCUAAAGGCGGGGAAAACGGUUGUGAAGCGGCAGAGAACGAGGAAGGAAACGGUUUUUGCCUCCCUGAGGAGGCUGUCGAGGCCGCGCUGAACCUCGAAGUCGACGCAGUCAGUGAUGUAGUUGAGAGCGAAAACGGAGUUCAUCUCCUUUACAGGAUUAAAUAG